AUGUCUGCCACCGUGAGCUCCUCCUCCUCUCCCGUCAACUCUCCACCACCACAUUCCUUCCACCGCUCCUCCCCACGCUCGACCUUUGGCACCGCCCAGCGAUCGCCCGCUGCUCCGCGCGCCUCUCCACGUCUCUCGACCACCUACUCGGCACAUUCACCACGUCGCGCCCUCGCUUCCGGCUCCACCGGCCCUUCCUACCCGAGACCGCCCGCUGGCGAGAGCGCCUUUCCCGUAGCAGGAGCUGGAAUCUUCCAGGGCUACACAUCGCGAGGCACCCAAUAUUCGCCCGACGGCCUGCCUCCCACCGCAGACGCAACCAAGGUGGCCGCCCAUGCGCGCAAGACGGCAGCCGCAGCGGGCAGCGCACGGAAGCGGAAGGAGGCAGCGCACUCAGACGAGUCCAGCGAACAGCAGAUGAGCGGUGCGGACAGCGCCGCCUCGGGCGCCUCCCACUGGCAGCUGCAGCAGCAGCAGCAACAGCAGCAGCAGACGAGUACAGCAGCAUCGCGUCCGCAGCAUCCCCCGGAAGCUCAGCCCAGAGGCGACCCUGCCCGGGCUUCAGCGGCCACAGGUUCUGCUGAUCCCGAGCCGCAGGAGGCUCGCUCAACGCAUGGUCACUUUGCUGCCCCAAAGCGGAGCAAGCAGGGCAGCCUCCAAGUGAUGUCGUCCAAGUACGAGAACUGCAACCCGAAGGAUCUCGGCGUCUGCAUUGCGAACAUGCUGAUGGAGCUCAUCCGUAUUAACGAUAGGAUUCCUCUACGCGAUGGCCGCCUGACCAGAUUCCAUUCUCGUGCCCCGCCGGGCAUCGGCGUGACUGAUUACCUGCAACGACUCAUUCAGCACGCCACUCUUUCUCCUCCCAUACUGCUGAGUAUGGUAUACUAUAUCGACCGACUCUGCACCAUGUAUCCGGCCUUCACGAUCAACAGUCUCACCGUGCACCGUUUCCUAAUCACAGCCGCGACGGUUGCAGCAAAGGGGCUGAGCGAUUCAUUCUGGACGAACCCGACAUAUGCCCGCAUUGGAGGCAUACCGGUGUCUGAAUUGGCGACUCUCGAACUUGAGCUUCUCCAACGCGUGCAGUGGAAGAUUGUUCCGAAGCCAGAAGCGCUCGAAGAAUACUACGCAAGCCUCGUAGAGCGCACAGAUGGUUACAUCCUCGAAGGAUAUUCGAGUUCUGGUUCAUCAAGCAUCAGUCUAGACGAGAGUGAUGUCGUUACCAAAGCGGGUGAAGAGAAGAUGGACGAGCAGCAAGGUGACGAGGAGAUGGAAAACGGACCUACAUGA